UUUGAUGCAAAAUUUUGCAUCGGGUAAGGAGGACACGGAAGUGUUUACAAGGUAAACCUUCCAUCAUUAGGGAAUAUUGCUGUGAAGAGACUUCAUUCUUCAUUUCAGAAUACACAUCCCAAAAGCUUCAUCAAUGAAGUAAGGGCAUUGACUGGGAUUAAGCACCGAAACAUUGUGAACCUCUACGGCUAUUGUUCGAAAGCACAACACUCACUCUUGGUUUACGAGUAUGUGGAGAGGGGGAGUUUGUCUAGUAUUUUGAGCAAUGAAGUUGAGUCCAAGAAAUUGGAUUGGCUUAAAAGGGUGAAUAUCAUCAAGGGUGUUGCUUUUGCUUUAUCUUACAUGCACCAAGAUUGUUCACCACCCAUUGUUCAUCGAGACAUAAGUAGCAGUAAUGUUUUGCUUGAUUCUGAGUAUGAAGCUCGUGUUGCAGACUUUGGACUAGCGAAGAUUCUCAAUCCAGACUCAUCCAAUUGCACUACACUUGCAGGCACAUAUGGCUAUGUCGCACCUGAGCUUGCAUAUACUAUGAAGGUUACGCAAAUGUGUGAUGUGUAUAGCUUUGGAGUAUUAUCAUUGGAGAUAGUCAAAGGAAAGCAUCUUGGGGAAUACAUUACUGUGCUAGCAAAUUCAUCGACUAUAGAUCCUGAGCAGCUUAGCGAUUUGCUGGAUGAACGCCUUCCAUAUCCUGAAGAUAGAGUAAAAGAUGUUUUGGUUUUUAUCAUCAAGCUAGCAUGCUCUUGUUUGCUUGAAACUCCAAAAUCAAGGCCAACAAUGCACUUCAUUUCUCAUAAGUUAUCAUCAAUGGAUGCACGUCCACCUAUUCAUCAGAGAAACCCCCAUGUAAUGCGAGCUAUAUAAUCCCUGAUAUGUAUGGAAAUGAAUAACCUUUGUCGCUGAGUGGCUGUGAAGUAUUUCAAUUGCUGGGAUUAGUAUUGUUGUAUUGUUAGGGUGCUCAUUUGGUUUACUCUAUUAAUAUGUAUAUUGUAAGAGGUAAUUAUUUAAUCUUCUGCUUUCUUUGGCCUUGAG